AUGGCACGGUUGGCUGUUGCUCUUCGUUAUUAUGUCCAUCAACGACUGAAUAGCGAUCCAGGUUGGGAAAAAGUCGCGGUUAUCUUAUCAGAUGCAAAUGUACCAGGAGAAGGUGAACACAAAAUCAUGGAUUUUAUACGACGACAAAGAGCAUCUCCAUCUCACGAUCCUAAUACCGUACACUGUUUGUGUGGAGCAGAUGCGGAUUUGAUUAUGUUAGGACUAGCUACUCACGAACCCAAUUUCAACAUAAUAAGAGAGGAAUUUAUGCCGAAUCAACAGAGGCCAUGUGAUCUUUGUGGGCAAUAUGGUCAUGAUUUAAAUGACUGCAAAGGAUUGGCGCUUGACGACGAUUCGGAAUGCCAGUCAUCUCCAUUACAAAAAGAAACAAAUUUCAUAUUCGUUCGCUUGCCUGUGCUUCGUGAAUACCUCGAACGUGAAUUGCACAUACCUAAUUCUUCUAUUCCGUUUGAUCUGGAGCGUGCGAUCGAUGAUUGGGUAUUCAUGUGCUUCUUUGUUGGCAACGAUUUUCUACCUCAUUUACCUUCACUAGAAAUUCGGGAGAACGCUAUUGAUAGACUUGUGAAAUUGUACAAAGAUAUGGUUUAUGAAAUGAAAGGACAUCUCACUGAUUCUGGCGUUGUCCAUAUUGAAAGGGCUCAAAUCAUACUUAAUAAAUUAGGUGAAGUAGAGGAUGAAAUUUUCAAGUCGAGGCAGGAAAGGGAGCAACAAUUUAAAAGAAAAAACAAAGAAAAGAAACGACGUGAAAAAGCCCUUAUGACACCGUCAUACAUCUCAUCUCGAGGUUCUUUUCUCGCACCACAAACUAAUGGACCGAUUUGUCUCAGUGGAUCCAAUACUAGAGCAAUGGCGCGCACUUCUCGGUUAGAGGCACUUGAUUUCAUCGAAACACUACAUGUUCCUGGUAUUAGUGUAUCUGAAAACAGUUGUCAUAGACACGAACUAAAAGAUGAUUCCAGCUCAGAGGACGAAGUUUUUGACGAAGUGAGACUAUGGGAAGACGGGUGGAAGGAUCGAUAUUAUAAAAGCAAAUUCCAAGUAGACGGCAAAGAUAUUGUAUUCAGACGUAAAGUUGCUCUGGCGUAUGUAGAAGGCCUUUGCUGGGUAUUACAUUAUUAUUAUCAGGGCUGCGCAAGUUGGGACUGGUACUAUCCAUUUCAUUACGCGCCAUUCGCAUCAGAUUUUGAUGCAGUUUCUCAAUUCAAACCUGAUUUCAGUGCAUGCACUGAACCUUUUAAGCCGCUACAACAGCUGAUGAGUGUCUUUCCAGCUGCAAGCAGGGUGCAUUUACCGGAAGCUUGGCAAGAACUGAUGAUAUCACCAACCUCGCCAAUAAUCGAUUUUUAUCCUGAUAAUUUUGUUAUUGACUUAAAUGGUAAAAAGUGUGCGUGGCAAGGAGUUGCGUUAUUACCCUUUGUGGAUGAGAAACGACUUCUGGAAGUUUUGAAGCCGAUGGAAGAUAAACUGGACGCUUUUGAAAAGGAAAGAAAUUCCAGAGGUCCUGAUAGGCUAUUUGUUGGACCUUCCCAUCCUUUCUACAAAUUUGCGGAAGAGUUAUAUGAAAACAGUAAAGAAGACUCGAUCGCUUUAUCAAUUGACACCUCGUUAACAUUUGGAAUGGCUGGUACUGUUGGUGUAGAUGCUAAAGCUGUAAUGAAAGGACAGAAUUAUAAGUCGCCAUUUUCAGUUGAUGAAUUCACAGAUAUAGCUAAAAAUAAAGCUAUCAUGAUGAUUUACAAAGAUCCGGAAUUUGAAAGAGGAUAUGUGUUUGCUACCAAACGUUUGCCGGGGGCUGUUGAUGUGCCGCGAACUUUGAAAGACAUUAAUCUGGAUCGCAGAGAAUCCUAUCGACCUCAAAUAGGGUUUUCGCGCGAAAUAUUACGACAUGGAUUAAGCGAUGCAGGACGAAGAAUGGUUGAACGCGGCAUUGGUCAUAGUCCUAGACCGCUUUUCGAAACAUACCAAAUAGGUUCGCAUAAUAGGUCGUACCAGCCAUCAUGCUGGGCUCCUGCAGUGUCCUAUGGAGAAGACCGCAUGUUCAACUACCCGUCGUCUGCAAACCAGUGUCGUAAAAGAAGACAAACAGGUGGGGAAUGGAGCGGGAACCCGAGGCGACAUCGAAAUUUUAACGAGUACGAAAGAAUGUCACAACCAUCGAUGCCUGUCCGACAUCCGCUCCGAUAUGAGCCAUAUCCAGAAUUAGUCCCCUUGCGUGUUAGAAGCCGUGGCCGUGACCGGCCACCGCCCCAUCAGUAUUCAGUGUACCGAUGGUAA